CAACAACAGCAACAACAGCAACAUCAUCAGCACCAACAGCAGCAGAUACAGUUACAACAACAAUCACAUCAGCUGCAUCAACUUCAACAGCAGGUAAUGCUCCAGCAACAACAACUACAGCAGCAGUACACAGAGUUGAACUCCAGGUCCAAGUCUCCACCCAUCUUGAAUGCUCCACCUCCUGGAGGCUUUGUUGGUGCGAUGCAUGGACAACAACAACAACACAACAUUCCACCUACCUCGAAGCCAGUUGCGAACACACACAAUGCCCCGGUCACGACUGGUCAGGCACAGCAGCAGCACUAUGAUCAGAAUGGUAUCAACGCGUCUAUCCCACCACAACUCCUGUCAUACCUCCAGCAACUCAACUUCAAGCCGGAGUUGUCUGUCAUACUCAAGUCUGUGCCCAACUUCCUCAAGACAACGAUGGACGUCUACAAGUACUUCAAGGGCAUCGCAUGCAACGACUACUUCCCCAAGAUCCAGCAGCUCCCCUCAAAGACAUCGUACGAAACGGAGAAUGUCUAUCUCAUCCAGUUUGAGACGAUGAGCGAUCUGGAGAUGUCCAUCAUCAAUGCAAGCUACACUCAUUCAUUGCUCAAUGUCAUGAAGAUUGUCAACGCGCCAGCAACCGCACAUCCACAGUCACAUUCCUCCCAACAUUCACAUCCAGUCAAAUCACCAUUGAAUCCGCAUUCUCAAUCGUUUGAGCCGAUCAGUGCACAGCAGUCCCCUCUGGUGACAGGUGUUGGAUCCACGGGCGGUCUGUACCCGCACUACUCGCCACCAAUCUCUAGAAUGGGUUCGAUUGGCUCGCCCACCUCUACCUCCACAACAACAGCAUCAACGACAGGCGUGGAAGACAACAGCCCAGCAUCAUCAAAGUCCCAGCUGGUCUCUCCCAACACACUUCAUUCUCUGUCUCAAAUGUUGAACACGUUGGGCGACGAAGAGGUGCCUGGCUGGAAUCAAAGAUCAUCAUUCAGUGACAUUCAGCGCAUUGUGACGCCACCCGUCAACACACAGAAUCCAGCGACGAUCACGCCCUCUGCAUCCUUUUUCCUGUCUGAUUCGAUGGCGCCAAUUGCACCAUCACCAUCGCUGUCCUCCAACUCGAGUACCAAUAUGUUUGGCAAUGGCAAUGAUCAUUCCUCAUUCUUCACAUUCCCCAAUUCACUUGGAUUGUUCCCAUCAUCCAUAUUCCCUCCGACCAAUUCUCCACAGCUUCAACAGCAAAAACAGCAACAGCAACAGCAUAUGCAUCAACAACAACAACAACAGCAGCAACAACAGCAACAACAUCUUGGCGACAAUCAUUCCCAAAUGUAUUCAUUCCUCAACAAGUACAAGUAA